AUGAAUCCCUUUGAGGGCUUCUUCCACGGAAUGGCAAGGCAUGUCUUACAUCCCACAUUCCUCCGCAUAACGGGCAACGAAACGCGCAAGAAUCCCGUCCCGACUCCUAUUCCCUGGUACACGCCGCCGCCAGUACCAACACCAAUAUACCAUCACUGGAGAGGCGGGUUUUCUGAUACUAUUGAUGAAUCUAUCUUCGUCUUCAUGGUAGCAGCAAGUGUCUUCACUUGGUGCACCUUGCUUCUCAUCUGGUUUCGAGUGUGGAAAUCAGAGAUCGACUUUCAGCAUGUUCACCCGCUGAGGGACAGAGAGGAUGGAAUGGGAGCUGCGUCUGAGGAGAUGCAGCAGUUUAUUCUGGAGCCUGAUGUCUCUUCAUCCCUACGACCUUCUGGGUCGGUGGAAGAAACACGAGGAGAUUUUGUUGUUGGAGAAGACAGUGAUGAUGAGCCGGACUUGUAG